AUGACAAAUUAUGAAAUUACUGGCAAAAGUAGCGACGCUGGCUUCGUAUGGGUCCGACCUGGUGCCCGGUACGUCGUCACCUGCAACCCCAACUGCAGCUCUGUGGCUGGAUACAGCGCAACAAGGAACAGUACGAACACUACCCUAACCAUAGAUGACAACCUGCAGACCCAAUAUCAACAUCACAACCGCGACUAUGUCGACAGCAGCACGUAUACCAGUGACAACCAGCAGCCCCAAUAUCAACAUCACAACCGCGACUACUUCGACCGCAGCACGUAUUCCAGUGACAACCAGCAGCCCCAAUAUCAACAUCACAACCGCGACUACGUCGACCGCAGCACGUAUUCCAGUGACAACCAGCAGACCCAAUAUCAACAUCACAACCGCGACUACGUCGACCGCAGCACGGAUACCAAUGACAACCAGCAGCCCCAAUAUCAACAUCACAACCGCGACUACGUCGACAGCAGCACGUAUUCCAGUGACAACCAGCAGCCCCAAUAUCAACAUCACAACCGCGACUACCUCGACAGCAGCACGUAUACCAGUGACAACCAGCAGCCCGAAUAUCAACAUCACAACCGCGACUACGUCGACCGCAGCACGUAUUCUAGUGACAACCAGCAGCCCCAAUAUCAACAUCACAACCGCGACUACGUCGACCGCAGCACGUAUACCAGUGACAACCAGCAGCCCCAAUAUCAACAUCACAACCGCGACUACGUCGACAGCAGCACGUAUACCAGUGACAACCAGCAGCCCCAAUAUCAACAUCACAACCGCGACUACGUCGACCGCAGCACCACGUAUUCCAGUGACAACCAGCAGCCCCAAUAUCAACAUCACAACCGCGACUACCUCGACAGCAGCACGUAUACCAGUGACAACCAGCAGCCCCAAUAUCAACAUCACAACCGCGAUUACGUCGACUGCAGCACGUAUUCCAGUGACAACCAGCAGCCCCAAUAUCAACAUCACAACCGUGACUGCGUCGACUGCAGCACGUAUUCCAGUGACAACCAGCAGCCCCAAUAUCAACAUCACAACCGCGACCACGUCGACAGCAGGACGUAUACCAGUGACGACCAGCAGCCCCAAUAUCAACAUCACAACCGCGACUACGUCGACAGCAGCACGUAUACCAGUGACGACCAGCAGCCCCAAUAUCAACAUCACAGCCGCGACUACGUCGACCGCAGCACGUAUAUCAGUUAG